AUUUGCACCCACAGCCUCAGGGUUUUUAAUACAAAGCCGUCGCACCUCUGCCACGCUGCCUGUCUGCUCCUCUGUUUGGGGCUCCACAGUUGUGCCCUGUGAAGUGUUAUUCUGUGCUGUACAUGUCGACAUAGCCAUGUGUCCCUUCUUUUUUUAUUCAGGUGAGACUCGUCAAACUUGGCACACUGACAGGUACUCCACCCUGCACUGGACCAACUGUGGUGGUCACGUGAACCAGAGAGAAAAAGAAAAGGCUGCUGUACGCUAUAACAUCUCGAUGGAUGUGAAACAGGAGACCUGUGAUGUUGACACAAAUAUGGAGGUAGCUUUAAAUAUUAAGGAGGAGGACUGUGAAUGGGAGUCGGUGGGCAUUAAAGAAGAACCUGAAGAGAAGUCUGUCACUAUUGAGAUGCAUAACCAUGCAAAUUUGAAGAGUGUAAAAGAAGAUGACCUUCAUGAUGGGUUUCAAGAUGGAGUGGUGAUAGGGUUAGACUCUUCUCAAGGCAGACAAUGUUCAUCUCCAGAUCCUUCUGUCAAUGUGAAGUCUGAAUCAUUAGAGUCUGAUACAAAGAGGGCUGCGGAAACAACAUCUGUUAGAACUCAGGAAAAUCAGCCACCACCUACAAGGAAGUCUGGAAAAAGAAACAAAGAUCACUGCAAUGUGGAAUGUGGCAGAGAAUUUUCUGGCAGGAGUGCUCUUCAGAACCACACUAGAGUUCACAUUGGACAGAAGCCAUAUUGCUGCAAUGAAUGUGGUAAACAGUUUUCACAUAUGGGCCAUCUUCAGAACCACACAAGAAUUCACACAGGAGAGAAACCAUAUUGCUGCAAUGAAUGUGGUAAACAGUUUACACAAAUGAACAACCUUCAGAAACACACUAGAAUUCACACAGGAGAGAAGCCAUAUUGUUGCAAUAAAUGUGGUAAACAGUUUACACAAAUGAGCAACCUUCAGAAACACACUAGAAUUCACACAGGAGAGAAGCCAUAUUGCUGCAAUAAAUGUGGUAAACAGUUUACACAAAUGAGCAACCUUCAGAAACACACUAGAAUUCACACUGGAGAGAAGCCAUAUUGUUGCAAUGAAUGUGGUAAACAGUUCUCACAUAUAGGCAGUCUUCAGAGCCACACAAGAAUUCACACUGGAGAGAAGCCAUAUUGCUGUAAUGAAUGUGGUAAACAGUUUUCACAUAUAGGCAGUCUUCACAGCCACACAAGAAUUCACACUGGAGAGAAGCCAUAUUGCUGUAAUGAAUGUGGUAAACAGUUUUCACAAAUGGACGAUCUUCAGAAACACACAAGAAUUCACACUGGAGAGAAGCCGUAUUGCUGUAAUGAAUGUGGUAAACAGUUUUCACAAAUGGGCAAUCUUCAGAAACACACUAGAAUUCACACAGGAGAGAAGCCAAAUUGCUGUAAUGAAUGUGGUAAACAGUUUUCAGAGAUGGGCAACCUUCAGAGACACGCUAGAAUUCACACAGGAGAGAAGCCAUAUUGCUGUAAUGAAUGUGGUAAACAGUUUUCAGAAAUGAGCAACCUUAAGAAACACGCUAGAAUUCACACAGGAGAGAAGCCACAUUGCUGUAAUGAAUGUGGUAAACAGUUUUCACAUAUUAGUAGUCUUCAGAGACACACUAGAGUUCACACUGGAGAGAAGCCAUAUUGCUGCAAUGAAUGUGGUAGACAGUUUUCAGAAAUGAGCAACCUUCAGAAACACGCUACAAUUCACACUGGAGAGAAGCCAUAUUGCUGCAAUGAAUGUGGUAAACGGUUUUCAAAAAUAAGCAGUCUGACGUACCACACUAGAGUUCACUCCGGAGAGAAGCCGUAUUGCUGCAAUGAAUGUGGUAAACAGUUUACACGAAUGGGCAGUCUGAAGUACCACACUAGAGUUCACACUGGAAAGAAGCCGCAUUGCUGUAAUGAAUGUGGUAAACAGUUUUCACAUAUAGGCAGUCUUCAGACCCACACUAGAGUUCACACAGGAGAAAAACCGCAUUGCUGUAAUGAAUGUGGUAAACAGUUUUCACAUAUAGGCAGUCUUCAGAGACACACUAGAAUUCACACUGGAGAGAAGCCGUAUUGCUGCAAUGAAUGUGGUAAACAGUUUUCAGAAAUGAGCAACCUACAGAAACACGCUAGAAUUCACACUGGAGAGAAGCCGUAUUGCUGUAAUGAAUGUGGUAAACAGUUUUCACAAAUGAGCAAUCUGAAGUACCACACUAGAGUUCACACUGGAGAGAAGCCAUAUUUCUGCAAUGAAUGUGGUAAACAGUUUUCACAAAUUGGCCAUCUUCAUAGACACACUAGAGUUCACAGCAGAAUAAAAACAGUAGCAGUUCAAUUAUCAGUCCAGAAAAACUAGAACCAUUCAGGAAUCGAGAGUGAGGUUCAGUCCUGUCCUGAAAGUAAGCAAACUAAACUAUUGUUGAGAAAUUAAUUUCUGAGAGAAGCCACAUUGCUGUUUGGAAUGUGGCAAACAAUUCUGUCAGAGGAGUUCUCUUCAGAGAUGCACCGGAAUUCAUGCCGUUUGGAAGCACAACUGAAGUGUCCUGACUAAAGAGUGAGGUUCUCUCCUGCCUGGACAGUAAGCACAUGUAACUGACUGAAUCCAUCCUAAUUGGUGGUGUUUCAAAAAUAAAUCAACACAGAGGAGAAUCAGAAGUUUAUAUCCUUUUUCCCUUUCCAGAAACAAAAUAAAGAACAGGGCAUCAUACAAACCGCUUCUCACCAAAGGCUUUACAGCCUCCACCGUGCGUCUAGAUCUGUUUUCAUAACAUACAUAUUACAUAUAGAACUAUUACAAUAUAUUAUACAUAUUUCAUCAGAAACAAAGAAAUUAAAUUUUACAAUAUACACAGCCUCCCACAAUAAAUAAUAGUCCAGCUUUAUAAUAUAUUUUAUUUUAUAUAACAUAAAAUAACGUACCUUUUCCCCAAAAAAAAAAUAAAUGACAGAGUGGAACAGGAUGUCAUACAAAUAGCUUCUCGCCAAUGUUUAUUAAAUAAUGUAUCAAAUCAGUUACUAAUAAUCAUAAACACAAACUAUUAAUACAAAAUAUAAUCAAAUGUAAAAUAAAAAAUUAAAAUGUAUAAUGUACACAUUGCCAUGUUGUACAUUGUUAGAAUGCUGUGGCAAUACACUAAAAGAAGAAAUGCUAUUGUUUCCUUUUUUUU